CGCUCCCUGAGCUCUCGACUCGCGAUCCCGAAACCUUGCCUUUUUUUCGCGCCCGCCGUCUCGUCCCUCGUCGCGACCCAACACACUUCGUCAUCAUGAACGGUACUGCGGCCUCGGCAAGGGCCAAGAGAAAGGCCCCGAGUUCGCCCGACCAGGCUCCCCCGUCCAAGCGACCCGUCAACGGAAAGCUCUCGGCUGAUGACAACACACCCGAUAUUGUCGAGUACGACGACCACUCUGACCUCACCGACGAUCUUCACUCACACGCCGCCAUGUAUAUCGGAACACCAGGAAGCUUGGGAGAGUGGCAGGAUACCAUCCAGAAGGUUGUGCGCAAUGUCGUCGCCAUCCGCUUCUGCCAGACCUGCUCUUUCGACACCGACCCUGCCGUGUCCAGUGAGGCUACUGGAUAUGUCGUCGACUCUCAACGAGGAUACAUCCUGACAAACCGUCACGUCGUCGGCUCUGGCCCGUUCUGGGGCCACUGUGUCUUUUCCAACCACGAAGAAGUCGACUGCUACCCCGUCUAUCGCGACCCCGUCCACGACUUCGGUAUCUUGAAAUACGAUCCCAAGGCGAUCAAGUACAUGCAGGUUGAUGGACUGGAACUAUGUCCCGACCUUGCUAAGGUUGGUGUUGAGAUCCGAGUUGUCGGAAACGAUGGCGGUGAAAAGCUCAGUAUCAUGUCCGGAGUCAUCAGCCGAUUGGACCGAAACGCCCCUGAAUAUGGCGAGGGCUACUGCGACUUCAAUACAUGCUACUACCAGGCCAACGCUGCCGCCACUGGAGGAAGUUCAGGUAGUCCCGUCGUGAACAAGGAUGGGUGCGCUGUCGCUCUGUUGGCUGGUGGUCGAUGCGACGGUGCUUCCACUGAUUACUUCCUGCCUCUCGACCGACCCCUGCGAGCCCUGCAGUGCAUUCAGGCUGGGAACCCAAUCACUCGAGGUGACAUUCAGUGCCAGUUCCUCCUCAAGCCAUUCGAUGAAUGCCGUCGGUUGGGCCUGACUCCAGAAUGGGAAGCCGCUAUGCGACAGCAGUUCCCUGACGAGACCAAUAUGCUGGUUGCUGAGAUCGUUCUCCCGGAGGGCCCUUCAGAUUCGAAGAUCAUGGAAGGCGACGUCCUCGUUAAGGUGAACGGGGAGCUCAUUACUCAGUUCAUUCGUCUCGACGACAUUCUGGAUUCGAACGUCGGCGAGACUAUCAAAGUGCAUCUUCAGCGUGGCGGGCAAGACGUCGAGGUGGAGAUCAAGGUAGGAGAUCUCCACAAGAUCACACCCGACCGCUUUGUCUCUGUUGCAGGCGCCAGCUUCCAUGACCUCUCUUACCAACAGGCCAGGCUUUACGCUGUUCCUGUCAAGGGAGUCUAUGUCUGCGAGUCGGCUGGAUCUUUCCGUUUCGAGAAUACCGAUAAUGGAUGGAUUAUUCAGACCGUGGACCAUAAGAAGGUUCCGGACCUCGAUACCUUCAUCGAAGUGAUGAAGGGCAUUCCUGACCGUGCGAGAAUCGUGGUCACUUACAAACACCUACGAGACCUGCACACCCUGAACACGACUAUUAUCUAUGUGGAUCGCCACUGGGCUUCCAAGAUGAAGAUGGCCGUCCGAAAUGAUGAGUCGGGAGUAUGGGACUUCACUGACCUGGGUGAUCCUCUCCCCCCUGUCCCUCCGGCUCGACGGUCAGCCUCAUUUAUCGAGCUGGACCACAUGCCUCACCCGGGCAUCGCGGACCUCAUUCGAAGUUUUGUUCACAUCAACUGCACCAUGCCGAUGAAGCUGGACGGAUUUCCCAAGAACCGAAGAUGGGGCAUGGGUCUCGUAAUCGACGCUGAGAAGGGAUUGGUUUUGAUUUCGAGAGCUAUCGUCCCUUACGACCUCUGCGACAUCACUGUUACCAUCGCGGAUUCCAUCAUCGUUGAUGGAAAGGUGGUGUUCCUACACCCCCUCCAAAACUACGCUAUCGUCAAGUAUGACCCGUCGCUUGUCGAUGCGCCCGUGAUGAGUGCCCGUCUUAGCAACGAAGUCCUCACCCAAGGUGCUAAGACUUACUUCCUCGGCCACAACCGCAUCGGUCGCGUUGUGCAUGGUUCUACCACCGUCACCGAGAUCACAGCGGUGGCCAUCCCUGCGAACUCGGGCGCUCCUCGAUACCGAGCCGUCAACGUGGAUGCCAUCACGAUUGACAGCAACUUGGGCUCUUCUUGCAACAGCGGUGUCCUCGUUUCCCCCGAUGGCACUGUGCAGGCGCUCUGGCUCUCGUAUCUCGGUGAGCGGUCACCGUGCAGCCAGCGGGAUGAGGAGUAUUACCUUGGUUUGGGUACCAAGACCUUGCUCCCUGUCAUUGAGACUAUCCAGAAGGGGGAGACUCCCCAACUGCGAAUCCUCUCUGUCGAGUUCAGAGCUAUUCAAAUGUCCCAGGCAUCCGUCAUGGGCGUCUCUGACGAAUGGAUUAAGAAGGUCACCCAGGCUAACCGAUCGCAUCACCAGCUGUUCAUGGUUAGCAAGCGUACAUUUGAGCGCACCAACCACCCUGUGUCGCUUCUCGAAGGCGAUAUCAUCCUGACCUUGAACGGCAAGAUGUGCACGACAAUCUCUGACUUUGACGUGAUGUACUCGCAUGAAUUCCUGGACGCCGUGAUCGUCCGUGAAUGCGAGGAGAUGCAGCUUCAGCUCCCAACCGUCUCGGUCGACGAUACAGAGACGGAUCACGCUGUCUCGUUCUGCGGUGCGAUCUUGCACAGGCCUCACCAAGCUGUCCGCCAGCAAAUCAGCAAACUGCACAGCGAAGUCUAUGUGUCGAGCCGCAUUCGUGGCUCUCCAGCUUAUCAAUAUGGUGUUGCGCCGACGAAUUUUAUCACUCAUGUGAAUGGCACUCCUACCCCUGACCUCAAGUCAUUUAUCGCUGCGACUCGAGAGAUUCCUGACAACACCUACUUCCGACUGAAGGCGGUUACGUUUGAUUGCGUACCAUGGGUCAUUACGAUGAAGAAGAAUGAGCACUACUUCCCUACGAUGGAGUUGAUCAAGGACGACAAGGAAGCAUGCGGAUGGCGGAGAGUUUCGUAUGAGGGCAAGCAGGUUAUCAAGGGAGAGGCAACUGAUGGCGUCGCUCCGGUUGCCGAGGAUGCCAGCAUGGAGUAGAUGAGUACCUAGAUGAGGACCGAUGCACUUCCCGUCCAUGAGAGGAGGGACUGGUUGCACAAAGGCGCGCGAAAAGCGUUGCCGAGAAUUUGGCUGGUGUACGAGCAUGGCUGUCAGGGUUUGGACAAGGCGUUUUAUGGCGAUGAAGGAUCUCUUGCGGUCAUCUGGAGCUGUGCCGCAGCAUCGGGCAUGGUAUUAUAACUAUGGACAUAGCUGCAUAUUCCCCGGAUGGGCUUGGUUAGGAAUGGAAGUGUACCAUAGAUAGAUUUUAGGUCCGAUUUAUCGGAUAAUUUUAGGGCGGAGCAGGCAACAUCUCGGGGGAUGCUAGUUUUGAAAGCACAUCCACUUUAUAUCACAUUACAGGCGCUGUAUGGACGUAUGGAUCGGUUAG